UGGGCGAGGCGGGUCGCCGCCGCCAGCCUCCCCUCCCUUGGAGCUGGAAGCCAGACACCCUGGGGGCCAUGCAGAAGUCGGGGGCUGGGGGCCGCAGGGCCUCUGACUGCGGGCUGGCCCCUCACCGGCCCAGGUGCAUCACCAAGUUUGCCCAGUACGUGGGCUCCUUCCCCGUGGACGACCUGGACACCCAGGACAGCGUGUGGCUGGUGCAGCAGCAGCUGUGGGCGCUGAAGGAUUAUCCCCGACGCCGCGCCGUCAUCCUGAAAUUCAGCCUGCAGGGUCUCAAGAUCUACAGCGGGGAGGGUGAGGUGCUGCUGAUGGCACAUGCCCUAAGGCGCAUCCUCUACUCCACCUGGUGCCCCGCCGACUGCCAGUUUGCCUUCAUGGCCCGAAACCCACGAAGCCCAGCCAGCAAGCUCUUCUGCCACCUCUUCGUGGGCAGCCAGCCAGGAGAGGUCCAGAUCCUGCACGCGCUCCUGUGCCGCUCUUUCCAGCUGGCUUACCUCUUGCAGCACCCUGAGGAGUGGGCCCAGCCCGAGCCCUGCCCAGGGCCCACAGGGGAGGUGACCCUCAAGCCACUGUCCAGUUCUGGAGGUCCCUCUGGGGGCUUGGUGCGGGAGCCCUUUGGUCGCGAUCAGCUCUCUCAGAAUGUUCACGCACUGGUCUCCUUCCGGCGGCUGCCAGCAGAGAGGCUGGUGGGCAGUGGGAAGGAGCUGCCAGAGUCAGAAGGCCGUGCCCGCCAUGCCCGCCUGGGGAAUCCCUACUGCUCACCCACGCUGGUGCGCAAGAAGGCCAUUCGCAGCAAGGUGAUCCGCUCGGGGGCCUACCGCGGCUGCACCUACGAGACCCAGCUGCAGCUGUCGGCUCGGGAGGCCUUUCCUGCCGCUUGGGAAGCCUGGCCACGGGGUCCUGGGGGCCACGCGUGCCUGGUAGAGAGCGAGGGCAGCCUGACGGAGAAUAUCUGGGCCUUCGCUGGCAUCUCCAGGCCCUGUGCCCUGGCCCUGUUGCGGAGAGACGUGCUUGGGGCCUUCUUGCUGUGGCCUGAGCCGGGUGCCAGCGGCCAGUGGUGCCUGUCCGUGCGCACGCAGUGCGGUGUGGUGCCCCACCAGGUCUUCCGGAACCACCUGGGCCGCUACUGUGUGGAGCACCUGCCUGCGGAGUUCCCCAGCCUGGAGGCUCUGGUGGAGAACCACGCGGUUACGGAGCGCAGCCUCUUCUGCCCCCUCGACAUGGGCCGCCGGAAUCCCACCUACGAGGAGCAGGACUGUGGGCCCCCAGGCAGGCCGCCCCGGACUCUCCGGCCCCUCAGCCAUGCCAAGUCUGAGGCAGAGCUACAGGGCUUGGGCUAAGAGGUAGGGGCCCGUCCCACAGGCCCCGCCGCUCCCCGGCUCCGGGGCCCCAGCAGCCUCUCUGCCUGUCUUGCACCCUCUGGCCGCCAGUUCCAUCCAGUCACCCUGCCCUUGGAGCAGUCUCCAUCGCUUCCCUGUCCGUGGGAGGGGCGCCCUGAGGUUGGGUAUCGCCACUGGCUUCUCGCAGAACGUGGGGUCCGCUGAGAUGCCAGGAGGGCAGGUGGAGUUGCAGGCUUCGGAUGAGCCGGCUAAGCUGUCGGGUGGCUUCGGAUGCUGGGACUUCUGGGCUUCCACUUUGUCCUGGGCCAGGAGCCUGUUCACGGCAGAGGUGCGGCCCUCCCCUAAGGAGGCCAGGCCUUCGGGCCUUGACUGGAAGUCUUCAGAAAGCUCAGGAGACGAGUGAGAGUGGGGGGCUUGGGGAGGCAGCAGUGAGUCCUCACUCUGGGCAAAGGCCUGGGGGAGCCACCCUGUCUCUGAGCAGAGACUGCUCCGUGGAGCUUGUGGCCAGGAGGCUGGGGCCAAGCCCCAUCCGGGCUGACAGAGCAGAGCCCCAUCCGGGCUGACGAGUGUCUGAGAGUAAAGGAUGGGUGGGACCUGCAGAGAGGGCAGGAGGGACAGAGCGGUGCCCAGCGCUCACGCCGGGGCGUGGGGGUGGGGGGGGGCUCCUGUGUGCGGAAAGCAGCGCGCACCAUCAGACAGGCCGAAGCUCUCCACGCCGGCUCCACCCAAACCUCAGGGCUGUGCUUCCUUCUCUCUCAGAAGGAAUACCCUGGCUCACGCUCUCCCCAGGAAUCACCAGGACACCCCCACCCCAGCUCACUUCCUUUAGCCAUUCGACAGGCAGGUGCUGGCAGUGAGCUGCGGGCUUAAAGGGGUGGCCAGGGCUCUUCCCAACUCGCCUGCCCGUGAUCUGCCUUGGGAGGGAGGCUGUCUGAUGCUGGCAUGGCCCUUAAUAUGGCGCUGACCGUGGCUGCCAGGGGCUACCCUGCCUCGCCUGCCAGCUCCACUGGGAAUGGAAUCAGUCACAACAGAACCGUCCAAGGGUGGACCUGAUGUGGGCCCCACCACGGGCACUUGGCCUCAGUGGGCCACGGGAGACCCAGAAAAACGACUCUAGUGUGAGACAGUGGUCCCGCCAGUGACCGACAAACCCAGGCAUCCCUCUUUGUAAGCAAACUUGACAAAUGUGAAUCUACUGAACUAAGUCAUAGAACAGGUUCAUUUUGGAUGAACUUCUCUGCUCGAAGCAGAAGCCGCAUCCUGAGCCCGGGGGCUGCCCUCUCCCCACGUGGGGGUAGUGCAGAACUGUUCAGUGCCGUGAAAGUAACAGAUUUCCGACGCCUGGAAGGAAGUGGGCAGCGCCACCAGAGCAGAAAGAAGGGAGGCAGACUUGUGGGGGUGAGACCAGAGGCCCAGGCCUCGAGUUCCCCACCUUCAACUCUCCAGCAAGGACAGGGUCUUGGCUUGGGACCUUGUCAUUUCCUUGCAAGUCCAGUGAACUAUCCUGUCAAAAAAGAUAGAAGGAAACUGCCCUUUGGGGCUUCUUGUCCCUGGAAAGCCAGCACUGGUUUUAUGCUGACUGUGUGUGGGAUGCUGGGACUCUAUUUGACAGCCAUCAGUACUAGAAGCACCCCCUUCCUGGACAAACCUCUGGCCCCAGCCUCACACUCCCCUGGCAAGGAGAGAGGGCUUUAACGAUGUCCUGAGCCUAGGAUUAUAGCCCAGAGAUGGGCACUUAAGGAGACCUGGUCAUUGGUCCAGACUCGGGCCAUCCCUCAGUAAGGGAUGGGUUUUUCUGGUGAAUCACCUGUGUGGAGAAGCGACCAGGGACAGGUUUGUCCCACUGAAGGGACCAGUGUCCACCAAGCACUUCAGCAUCACUUCAGCCAGCAUGAUGUAUCUCAUGUUACAGGGAGGGCGGGGCUUUCGGCCCCUGUUUGCAGACUCGUUCACAUCUUCAUCAGACCACAGUUUCCCCUGUUCAAAUCAGCACCACCUCAGUAGCCCCGCUUUCCUUGCUGUGUGGACUUGAAACAAAUAAAAUGUGUUGCUUCA